AUGAUUGGCAAAGAGCAAGUUGAUGUCAUUGAUUAAUAUGCUUCAUCCAUUGUGAAUUAUGUGGACAAUUAACAAAAGAUUAUUUAAUUGAAAACUUCGACCAUUUAAAAAUUGAACGAGGUGACUAUUGUGCAUUACUAAAAAAACUUGGACAAAAUCAAUUAAAUCCGAUCGGAAUUCGAAGAAACCAAAAGCAUUUAAAAUAAAUUGGAUGAGAAUAUUCAGAAAAUCAAUUAGAUACAGAAUUCAAUCGAAGGGAUGGAAUCAUCAGUUGAUCAUUUAGAUUCCAUCUUGAAAAGGAUCGAAAGUAAAUUGACAGAGUUGGAAAAGUUAAAGCAAUGAUAUCUGAUUGAGUUAAUUUUAAAAAUAUUUAAUAUGCAAAGUGAUUUCUAA